AUGGCAAAAAGGACACGCUCCCACCUGGGUCUUCCCCAGAACCCGGAUAACCCUCAGACGGACCAGGACAACCCGAACCAGGAUCACGCCUCCGGACCCCUUUUCACCCAUGUGAAUCCGGAGGAGAACCAAACAAUCAACCCUAAUGAUGCCCGGGUCACGAUCGAAAUGAGCCAAUACAAGUACACCGACGUCCCGGUCACCACCCUCCACAUGUCCCAGCUCACCAAUGUAGAGUUGGCUGAAGCCAUCCGGCAGUACCAUGAUCGCCGGGAAAGCAACCGCAGGCUCGAGGACAUCGGCGAGUCUGAGGACUCCGGAAACAGUCGUCAAUCCCGGGGCUCCGUCUUCGACCGGAUCGGAGACAAAGCGAAGAAAAAGAAACAAAAAGAAAGCGAGGAAACCCGGCUGAAAAUCUUGGCUGAAAGAAAAGAACAGAUCCGAAAAGAAGAAGAAGAAAAACUGGAGCAAAAAAUUGCCCUCCGGGUCCAACUGGAGGAAGAAAAACUAACAAAGGGAUCCCGGUCCAAGCGAUAUCGAAAAGAAGCAACACCCGAACUCCUCUCCGAUGAUGAGAACGAAGGACCCGGACAGACCAACCUAAGAGACAUGAUAGAUGAACUCAACCGAAAAAUCGGGAAUGACUCCGGACUCGAAAUAGGGGGAACCCUGACCCCCUUCAGUCACUCCCUGGAGUCCAUUCCCCAACAGAAAGGCCUGAAACACUACAACUUCGAGUCCUUCAACGGACUAGGGGAUUCGGAGGAACACCUACAUUACUUUGAGCAGAUAGCUCAGAUCUACUAUUACAAUGACCUGACCAAGUGCCGAUUCUUCGCAUCCACCUUCAAAGGAGGGGCUCAAAGAUGGUUCAGCCGAAUCCCGUCCCGAAGCAUCCGAUCCUGGAAAGAUUUCAGGGAAGCCUUCCUCCGGAGAUUCCGAGCCAACAAGACCCACGAACUUCACAUGUGCCACCUGGAAACAAUCCGCCAAUACGACAAUGAAACACUUGCGGACUACAUGAGACGUUUCCAGGAAGCAAUCAACAAAAUAUCCAGCCUAGACGAAAGAGAAGCUUUGAGUAUCUUCCGGAGGAACCUGGAUCCAGAAAACAACGAGAGAUAUGUCGUAGAAUUGAUCAAUAAGGAACCCCAAAGCCUAGCGGCAGCAUACGCUAUGGCAGCAAAGUUUAUUAAGAAAACUGAUGUCCUUCAAGCCAUGAGGAUGACCCGGAAUGGCAGCUCGAAAGGAAAACAAACUGAAGAGAGACCAAGAAAAGAAUACCAUCAAGACAAAAAAUUCAAACCCGACAGACAAACCAACUUCAUCCAGGGCUCCGGGUCACAAGGAGCGUCCCAACCCAGACGGGGUUCCAGGAGCGAUCCGGGUCCUAACAGGCCGACACGAGAAUCAAAACCGGAGCCGGAGUGGACUCCCCUCAACCGACCCCGGACUGAAAUUUUGAAAGAGAUCCGGGACAAACCCUUUUACUACGCCCCUAAGCCCAUGCAAACUCCUCCCGAGAGCAGACCCACCAACCGCCACUGCGAUUACCAUGAAACGCACGGCCACAAAACAGAAAAUUGCAUGUCCCUAAAGUAUUUCAUAGAAGAACAGAUCGGCAAAGGGAACAUGGGGCAAUAUAUAGCCCGGAACACAAUAAACAAAGGGGAAGGAUCCGGGAAACAAAAGAACGUAGUCAAUGUAGUCCUAGGGGGGUCCUGCUCUCCCCCUACCAGCCCGGACCCCUGUCAUGAAACACUAUCCAUACAAGCCUUCCCCGAACAGGUCAUUUCCUUCAGCAGCAAAGAUUUUGAAGGAGUCACCCGGGGUCAUAAUGAAGCUCUGGUAGUAACCCUGGAUAUAGCCGAAAACGAAGUCCGGAGAAUCCUGAUAGACAAUGGCUCUUCAGCAAACAUCCUAUUCAAACACACCAUGGAUCGAAUGCAGUUAGGGAGCAUCCGGAUGAAUGACUACAGGGAAGAUCCUCUAUAUGGGUUCGGGAAUAGCAUCGUCCCGGUCCUGGGCACACUUUAUCUCCCGGUCCGGUUCGAAACAGCCCCGAACCAAGUCAGCCACAUGAUCAAAUUCUACGUCACAGACACACCUUCCUCCUACAAGAAGUGA